CUGGGCUGGCUGCGGCCUGGUUAGCAGCACAUCAUCGGCCUGCGUUGCAGCUGCCCCACGUAUUGAGCGUCGGGGCGGGCAGACGGCGUAAUCGGUACCUAGGUACCCUGGACAGUAGCCUCAUAGCUCGGGUCAUCUCCCCUGGCCAUACUGUGCCGCAGCAGAGCACCAACCAGCGGCUAAUAAGAGCAACUAACUGCACAGGGAAGCUCCUGUCCCUGCCUCCGAUCAGCAACGAGCGGCCGUAGUGCAUACGUGCAGCGACAGCUCUAGUCUCCACAGCUUUCAUCCCAUCUAUCCAUCCACCAGCUCGGCUUCACCACGACAGACGCCCCCUUACCGCACUGCUCGACCACCCAGCGACUGUCCUCAUCAUCUAUAUACUCGGCCAGUCGACUGAUUCGCUAAUAAAUAACACAUCAUGGCCCCCUCACUCCUCCAUCCUCCCAGCCAUCUGUCGCCAGCGCAAGCUCUCGAGCUUUCGCAACGCGCUCCCGCAAUCCUCCAGAACUCGCCGCGCACGAUCUCGUCCUCACCCUUAGCAUCUCUGUUUUCGUCACCAGAAAACACUGAGCUAUGGAUGACUGUCGAGAACUUGCUGCUCUCCUGUCUGCGUACAGGCGACGAGAAGGCGGCCCACGAGUGCCUCGAGAGGUUGAUCCUGAGGUUCGGCGAGGACAACGAGCGUAUAAUGGCUUUCAAAGGGAUUUUGAAGGAGGCAGAUGCUCCUGACAAUGCUGCGUUGGAGAAGGUGCUGAAAGAAUACGACGAUAUUCUGGCCAAGAACGAGACCAACAUUCCCAUCACGAAGCGACGUAUCGCACUGCUCCGUACACUGGGCCGGCCCGCUGAUGCUGUGUCUGGCCUUUCAGCCCUGCUGGACUUCUGCCCCGUCGACGCCGAGUCCUGGGCAGAGAUGGCGGACAUUUACUGCUCUCAGGGGAUGUAUGCGCAAGCUAUCUAUGCCCUUGAGGAAGUACUGGUGCUGGCUCCUAAUGCUUGGAAUAUCCACGCUCGUCUCGGCGAGGUCGAGUACAUGGCCUCAACAUCUUCUGGUGCCGACGAAGCCGCCUCACGCAAAUAUCUUGCAGAGUCAUUAAAGAGGUUCUGCCGAAGCAUUGAACUUUGUGACGACUACCUGCGUGGAUAUUACGGGCUGAACCUGGUUACUUCGAAGUUGUUGGAAUCAAAGUCUAGCAAACAAACGGAUCCAGAGGACUUUGCAAUUCCGCCUACGGCCACCAUCGAGAAGCUUCGGGAAAAGAGCACUGCCAAAUUAUCUGAAAUCGUGCGCCGUAAUACCGCGAAGGAGAGAGGCUGGUGCGGAUACGAGGAAUCCGAAGUUGAGGCGGCUCGCGAGCUUCUCUCAAAGGAAUCUUCUGGUCUUGUCAGAUGAGCGCAGCUGCUACCAGCACAGCUUACACGGGAUCUGGAUCGCCAUCUGUGAGUCACAGAGCAGAAGCAUGGCAGUGCAUUCCGAGCGAAGGACCAGUCAGGGAGAACUUGGGUCCUAUUGGGCCUGGUAUCAUAAACUUGCAUGACCGGUGGGUACUCAGCUGUGCGAGCUGGCAGUGCCAUGAGCACGUGGCGCCAGUCGAGGUUGGGACAGGUAAUCUGAAAGGACGCAAGCGGGCGGCACCAAGAUUUCCAAUGCUCAAGAUCCAGGCAUUCGCAGAAGUUUGCCAGACGAGGCGCCGCCGUGCCGUCGAAAUGGAUUACAAACGAGGCAACUCGGUAGGGUCUCCGGAUCUUCACUCAGUCGCAGGGACAGGCAUGGGGCAAACAGUUCGUGCAUCCCCUGGUUGAUUGAUCCCUUGCAUUCAGUUCGUUGCCGUCUGUGUUCCGUCGAACGGCAAUGCAACCAUGAGGUCAGACUUAUUGUGAGCUAUCGCAAUGCGGCUCCCCGACGGUGGAGUGAGACGGCUGGCUGUGCCUUUUGCGCGCCGUCUACUUUAGACAAACCACAUACAACUUUAAUGCAUACGUGCUUCCCCAGGCCACAUGAGGGCUCUCUCGCGCAGCUGCGAGUGGUAAUGCAGGACUGCAGCCAGACCCAAAGAUUUGCAUAAAUGUGGCUGCAAUCUGCAUUGUCAUCAUCCCACCGCCUUUUUGGAUGCGCGGCGGAAUCGGGCCUUCGGACACCAUCUCGCACUAAAAGACGUGAAACAAACCACGGAUAAACCGUCAGGCCACUUCAAAUUUUCAGACGAGCGAAGUUGGUUGCAGACCCUGGGCCAAUUCGCGAAGCAGCUGUGUCCUCGUGCCCUGUCAAAUGUCGGCGUGGUACGCCUGCACCUGCAGGACUUCCGCUUCUGGCCGCGCCGAAGCAUCUCAUCGUCUUGGGCUGCGUCAACCUGCAGGAAGGAUUUGCCCCGG